CCGAGUACUGGAUGCCGUGAUGGGCCAGAUCGGAGUCGACAAAGAGGAGUACGCCAACAGACUCCUCAUAGCCGGCGGGGACGUGGGCUCCAAUCAGCUCCUCGAAAGCCUUCGAGUCAAAAGAUUUCCACCAAUCAAACCCCUGGAAGGUAUCGACUGGGUGCUCUCCAUCUUUGGCGGUGCCCACACUACGUGGAACUUUGCCAAAGCCCUAUGGGGGCACCACUGGGGCAACUCAGAUCAGGGUGAAGACUCCGGAGUCUGGAGGUCUGCAUUCGCGCUAGGGCUAGAGUAUAAGAAGCCUGUGCCCUCGCAAGACUUCAACAGCAUCAUGAGGGCAAGUCCCAUUGGCCACUAGACAAGUCGUCCAGUCAUUGCCGAACGUCGAUCUCGCUACCGAAGCAGGUGUUACCAAAGUCUUUGACGCGGUGUGGAAUCAGUUCUUCGACUCUUCGGCGCUCGCUGCCGCUAUGAACAGUGGCGAUCAUACUCGAUACAAUUUGAUCAUGCGCCUGCGAGACUUCGCGACCGUUGUGGAAGCGCAGGAGACUACACGUCAAGGUGACAUUGGCAGAUUGAUGGCUAAGUCCCUGGCUCACGCUAUCAAACACUCCCUUUUGAUACCUUCAAACGAGCGCGAAGGUCAUUGGAUGGCCAUGGAUGAAUAUCUCGAGGUCCACAUCUUUUGGCUCAAACAUAUGUACAAUAAUACAGUUGGUCAUUGGCUCAAAUUGUUGAGGCAAGGGUGAC